GAAUUUACGACGCUCAUAAAGGAACUACUUGAUGAGUCCACGGAACCAACAUCUUCUUCGCUUAUUAAACCCACGCCAGAGAAAGACAACUGGUCUUCACCUUCAUUGAAAACAUUGCCAACCAAAUCCACUCAUUCAAUUUCUGCUGCAUCAAGAACAAGCUCUUCCCUAUCCACAACGUCUAUACGCUCUUUUCCGAAACAUCACACAGAAAGCACACCGGAUUCCACUGUGGUUACUACAACUACGGAGGAGAUGAUUACUAGUCUUGAUCCCGCCGUAAUUGCUACAUCUGCGGAUAAGAUGAUUACAAGUACACACUCCGAUUACGGAAAAGGCGGUGAAGAGGAAGAAUACGAAGAUGAGAAAGAAGAGGAUUACCAUGAUGAAAAGCCAGAAAAUGUUUCGGUCGAAGUGGUUCCGAUACAAGCGGUUGAUAGGCAAAGUAGUAAAGAAGUGACUGAGGGCCCACGCAUGUCAACCACCACCACACGUCGACUAUUUUCUGAUGACAGCUGGGAGCAGCCUCCACCCAACUUCGGCUAUUCAUCCAUGCGAUAUCCGUACGUCACAUUAGCUUUGCAGAUCCUAGUGGAGCUAUAA